UUCGGUGUUCAUGCUUCCUGAGUUUAGAACUGCUUCGCUUUCAGUAGGGACAUGUCCGAAAUCAAUGACGGUCCCGUGUUAGUUACGGGGGCUUCUGGCUUCAUUGCUUUGCAUAUUAUACAGCUGCUACAACGAGAGGGUUAUAAGGUUCGGGGUACAGUUAGAAGUCUUAAAAAUGAAGCCAAAAUAAAACCUUUGCUAAGUCUGUGUCCAGAUGCUCGCUAUCCUUUGGAACUAGUCGAAGCUGAUUUAACCAUAGAUGCAGGUUGGGAUAACGCAGCAAAAGGGUGUAGUUUUGCUAUCCACGUUGCUUCGCCCUUUCCAAACGCUCCCCCCAAAAGUGAAGAUGAAUUGAUGAUUCCAGCAGUAGAAGGUACCAGAAGAAUUCUGAGGGCCUGUGCAAAUGCCGGUUCGGUAAAACGCGUGGUUCUUACGAGUAGCAUUAGUGCGAUUCAUGGCGAAUCAACGAACGAAGAAGGCCGUGUUUAUAACGAAGAAGACUGGAGUGAUGUGAAUUCUCCAGCUAUGGAUGCUUAUGCUAAAAGCAAAACUUUGGCUGAAAGGUCGGCUUGGGAUUUUUUACGAGAAGAGUUGCCCGCUGGCAAGAAGAUGGAAUUAGCAGUUGUGAAUCCGAGUUUAGUUAUGGGUCCUUCCAUUAGCGGUGUAGUCUGCACCAGUUUAGAACUCAUAAAACGUCUUAUGGAUGGCACGAUGCCGCUGAUUCCUCGUCUGUACAUUGCAAUUUGUGACGUUCGUGAUGUUGCAUUGGCUCAUUUACGAGCUAUGACUGUACCGGAAGCUGCGAAUCACAGACAUAUUGUAACAUCGGCUCAUUUGUGGUUGCAGGAUAUCGCCCAUAUGCUGCGGAAUGAAUUCGCACCUCAGGGGUAUUUUAUUCCAACAUGGCCUGCUCCAUACAUGUGUCUUUAUAUUUAUAGUUGCAUCGAUAGCUCAACGAGAUUGAUUUUACCCAGAAUCGAGCAAACGUACACUUUUUCGAACCGCCGAAUGAAGGAAGUUCUGAAAGUGGAGCCUCAUACUGCUGCUGAAACGCUAAUUGACACUGUUCAUGGAAUGAUUCAGGGUGGUGUAAUAAAAAAAACAAAGAAAUACAAACCUCGAGAAUAAAAUAUCAAAUCAACUGUACUGUUGCAUAAGAAACGAUAUAUUGUACGAGCUCUCAAAAUGAAUUAUCCAUAUUCAGGUUUAUAAAAUUGCUCUAUUGAGAAAUCAUACCCUUACAGUAUUAGAAUAGAAAAGAGAAAUGAAAUAUUGUGUAAGUAAAAUUAUGAAGUUAAUUAUGUUUUUUUUAUAAGUAAAACGCAAAGUUUGUUAAUAAAUUGCAUAAUUUGAUAGAUAAUUGCAGCACUGCAGUUUUUAUAUAUGCAGUAUUUGUACCAAGGAUGACUAAUUGAAUAGUUUUAUUUUUUGUGGUAGAGUAAUUUUUUUUUUUAGAAAGUAUGCACAAAAUGCAUUCAGAAAUGUUUUUCUUUUGCCGAAUUUCUCCUACUGUUUAUUUUUGAUUGUGAAUAAGUAAGAUUUUUAUUUUACAUAAAUGGCGGACAUUAAGAGUUAAAAGAAAGAUGUAUUUGAUUAAGUUUUUUCCUUGAAAUCAGCCUGUUAAGACAGUCAUUUCUUUCAAAAAACUGUAGCAUUUUAGAAAAGUUAGCUUUCUUUUUUUUUUAACUUUAUCAGAAUUUUUUCAGAAUAAGUUUGUUGUACUAGAUUUCUGUUUUGAAGAAGUUUUCUAUUUAAAUCAUUAUUGAUAUUCUGUGAGAAUUGUGACAAAUAUAGUUUCCUGGAAUUGUUGGCGUGCAUGGAAAACUUAUCAAGAAAUAUAUCAUCAUAGCUGUACCUCAUUAAAUUUCAUUUAUUUUAUUUCUCAAAUCAGCACAAUGUUAUGGAUUUUUCUACAGCAUUCCAAUAUACACAGGAGAAAAAGUUACUUUUUUAUUCUAGCGUACAAAUUGUUGUCAUAUUUUGUAUUAUAAAUUUUUUUCUUGGUUUCUUAUAAAAGACAUAGAGUAAUGCAGUUAUAAAUUUUCUACAUUAUGCGUUAUCUUAGUAUUUAAUUAUUUUGUACAUAGAGGCUGACUCUUUGGAACAACUUAAUGAAAGCUAUAUUUCAUGAGCUUCUUAUUAUAUCAAUUGAUUUAGUCAUUGGUCAUCAUAUUAACGCAUAUUCCAUAGCACAUUCAUGUAAAAAGAAAAUGACAUUCAUCAGAGCAUUAAAUUUUAAAUGCGAGCUAACAUUAACAUUUAAAUAUUUUACAUUAAAAAAAUCUAUUCUUCCUAAUAUUAGAUGCAGGAACUUAUUUAAAUCAUAAAAGUGUUGCGGUGGAACCUAUUUAUAAGCAUCUUAGUUUCAAUGUUUUACUGUUCCUUAAAUAUUAAGCUAAAGCAUGCAGUGCUUUAAAAGAACUACCCUCUUUUCCAUAUUUUUGUCAUUUGCUUAGUUACAGAGAGUUCCAGGAAUUUGAUUUUUAAAUUUAAUAGUAACUUUAUACGAAAUUAGACUGAGAAUUUUUGAUACUUACAUCAUAUUUUUAUAUUUGUAUUCCAUUAGGUUCAGGUAUUUAAAUUUUCAAAUUGUAUUUCAACUUAUUAGAAAGCCGAUGUUUUAAUCGUUGAAUCGUCUAAAAAUCGGAUAUUUUCCUGCCGAUUAUUUAAAAUUUUUAUGCUUAAACUUGUAAUGAAGUGUUUCUUUGAUAUGCAAGUGACCAAUUUUGAAGCUGCCUGAAAUUUGAUUAAAAAUUACCGACAGUAGCUUUUUGCCCAUAUAAUUCUAAAUUUUUUAAUUGUCACUUAGUCUUGUACAGAGUACAACAAUGUACUGUGCUGUAAAUGAUAUCCUAUGUCCUUGUAAUAGAUAUUUCUGUAACGCAUUUGCAAAACAAUUGUGAACUAGAAAGGCACUUAACGCUGAAACAUUUAAAGGCUAUUUAAUAGCUGUUAUUCUUUAAAGAUGUUUAUAAAGUUAUUUGUUUCAAAAAUGGAAGAAAUCUAUUUUUAGAGAAUAAUAUUGAAUUUUUAAAAUUUGAUGUAAAUAGAAAAGACAAAUAAUUUUUGAAGAUAAUGUUGCAUGCAAUUCCGGAAAGCAUUGGUCAUAUUCUAAUUCAAACAUACACAAUUUUAGUUAUACUUCUAUAGUAAUUAACUUUUUGUACAUGUAAGCGUAAUAAUGAAGAAAUUCCAUAUUAGUGUUCUAUUCAAGGAAUAAUGUUGUAAUUCAUAUAAUGUGAAAGAGUUAGGUGUGAAAUAAUAUUUCAAAAUAUUUUUUAGGUUUAUUGUAUAUUCCAGUAUAUCUGUGCAAAAUCUUCGAAAUCUAGAAUGUUUACAAACUAUAUAUUGUACUAAUUAUACAAUUAUCGAAUAUAUGCAAUUAUCUGGAUUAUUUUUUAUGCAUAUACACACUAUUCCGCUCUUCAAGAAUGUAUUACAUUUAUUUACUCCAUAUUUAUGGAGUGCGUUUAAUCAUUAGUCUAGCUUUUUUCAUUAAUUAUGGUAGUUUACAUGAAUAUAAUCUGUGUUUAAGAUAUGUGAAAUUAUGUGCUACUUUGUUCAAAUGAUUGAAAUUUUGAAUCUAAGAAUUCUGCCAGACUUUGAGUUAUUAACCUUAAUUUUGAAUGCUACUGAUGUGUUAAUUAAAUUCCUUUGCUAUUCAA